UUCCCGGUAGGUGUCGUGCCUCUGGAUGAUGGCGGGCAAGCAGCAGGCGCAGUCCCCAGCCGGCAUGACCAGUGAGGUGGAGGUGCUCAGGGCGCUGAAAUUGCUCUUUGAGCACCACAAGGCCCUGGACGAGAAGCAGAUGAUUCUUAAAGAGGAGAAUAACCAGGAAAAGAUACUACCGGAUGGGGUGCUUGAUGUAAAUCACGAGCAAGAAAACAUGCCAAGUGCCAAUGGAAAGGCAAAUCCUUGGUCUCACUCUCUGUCUGAUUCUCGUCUUACCAUCCAGUCUGUGCAGGGCUGUUGGAACCUCUCACCAAUGCACCAUGUAGGUCUGAGUGGCGGUGAGGGUCCUGUGAGCUCCCAGAGUGCAGAAGGCAGUUUUGACCUCACCGAUUGCCUGGAAGUGCUGUGUUCCUUCCCUCCCAAAACAAGGCUAUCUAAGGCUUCCUUUCCCCCUUAGAGACCCUCCGAUGGCUCUCUAAGCCAUGAGGAAGACCUGGUUAAGGUGGUCGAGCUCCAGGAAGUCAUAGACAAGCAGUCGCGGGAGCAUAGCCAGAUGAAGGAGCGCCUGGCAGCCCUCUCUGCCCACGUGACAGAGCUGGAGGAGGACCUGGACAUGGCCAGGAAGGACCUCCUCAAGUCCGAGGAUGUGAACACGAAAUUGCAGUGGGAUGUC